UAAGUAACUCUUUCUUCAUCCAACAAAUUUCUUGUGUCUGGUACAUGUAGACGAUGAAACCUUUCCACACCACAAUCCCUCUGAAAUAAUAGCUGAGGGCAUUCUUGAGUUGCUUGCUGGUGUAGAUUAGACCACGCAGUUAACAAUCAGUGUUGGAAAACCGGGACCAGGUUGACAGGCAGUGUCUAAAUAGUGUGUCCCGGCAGGAACAAUAGCAGCGAUCUCUGCGUUUUAAAACUCUUCGAAGUGUUGCUUCCAAGGUGGAUUACUUGGAGAUUACUACAACAUCACUUGUGUAACCCCAGUUAACUAGAACUUUGCCGAAAUUCUUACCUAAAUUUACAGAGCCAGCUAGAAGUUAUUGUUUGUUCCAGGAGUCCCAAAUAGAUAACUCAUAUAGAAUCUAAAGGUGGUGCAGGCAGGGCAUCCUGAAAAUGCUACAGCUGUAAUUGCAGUCUGAUUGGCUCCCCAACCUCCCGACCAAGCUCUGUCUGCUGGUUCAUACUCUUUUGAUGAGGAGUGUGGCUGCAUUACCUGUAAAGUUGACUUGCUAAUGGGAACCUGCACUGAUUUAUUUCCCAUUAGAGCUAGUAGUUGUUAGAGUAUCUGACAAAGAAACUGAGUCAAGUGGUAUUUUGUUGUUGUGUUCACACUUGAAAUGUUAGUGCUGUAUCUUAUCUGUGGAGUUCAGCACUGGAUCACUGCAGGUGUAGGGAGGAUGUGCUCCUGUCUAGCAAGUGGAAAGUCGUGUCCUGCUACACAACAGUGUGGGCAAGUAGAUGUAGUAUGUUGCUUGGAAAACAUUGAGUCUUGUCAUAGUAAUUUUGUUUUUUUAAGUAUAUCUUUCAAGUGAACUUUGUCUAAAACUGUGAAAGUAAGCUUUAGUGUUGUCUUUACAUAAUGCGUGCACAAGGUUAUUCUUACUCUGAUAGAGAGUGCUUAUUUUCUUGAAAGCUGAGUUGUCUGUGAAGGAGUUCUCACUAAAGUGAAAAGAAUAAUUUUGAAAUAAGGUUUUCACAUGAUGGAUUAAAACAGAAGCAGGAGCUAAUAUGGAAUAAGCAUGAUAGUAAUUGGUAGAGUUCUAACAUAGUCUUAACAGAGCAGUCAAGAUUGACAGCUGUCCUAAAAUUUUUGUAGCCAAAUAAGUAAUACAUAGUAGUACCACAUUGUCUUUUUAAAGUACCUUUAGCCAUUUUUUUCAAAUAAUUUAACAACUUUACUUGUUAGUGUAUCUCCUAAUCCUGCUGUGAAUCAUGUUUCAGUCUCAGUUAUGCUUGACUGUGUUGGCUCCAUUCCCUUUCCUUCUCUUCCAUCACUGCCCAACCACGCCUGCAAGUGUUGAGUCAGACAAAGGAACUGAUCCAGCUGAAAAUUAACCAAUUUUUUUGCUGGUUUUAUUAUGAUCAGGUUGCUGACCUGAGUGAUGAGAUAGAAACACAACUGGAGACAAAGGCAAGACUGGUUGCUUGUCUUAGGCACAUCUUUUCCUUCUCCAUUGGUCUCCAUCAGGAUUUUUAGACCAGUGUAGGACAGUUCUUGUAAUACAGGGAUAGUCAGGGCUGAUGAUGCUCAUUAGAAUUAGAAAUAAAACAGAUUUUUUCCCCUUUUCUUGGGGUGUUGUUGCAAUAGAGUUUUUGAAGUGUCAAUACUGCAAGUAAAGCUUAGGCAUGACUGAGGUUUUAGGAACUUAACGUGAAAUGAUUUUUCAUUAUAAAUAUCAAAGUUUUAUGAUUCAUGUGCAUGAAGAAAUACGGUUUUGCCAUGGAUCAGCAGGAAAUGGAUACAAUUUGCUGUCACCAAGAAUGGGUCGUUGCAGAGACAGAUGAGAGACAACUGUCACUCCAAGAACUGCCUUCUGAAGCUGAGGAAAAGGGGUGAGAGCAGAACGGGGGAUGGAUAUUGGGUUGGAAUGGACUAGACAUGACAAGUCACAGCCCAAAUGAGUGCAGGAGAAAAGACAGCCUUGUAUGGGCAAGGCAGCUACAGAAGUCCCAUGCAUUUUGUGUUGUUUUUUUUUUUGCAAUUUGUGAGGGGAUAUCUGAACCCACAGAAGGGGCUUUUAUAAGUGGAUGAGAGAGUGAAACAAUUGCAUUCACUGAGAAAUGUACAGAUUAGUUCUCUGCUGCAUGAGGGAGAAAUGCUGCCUUUACUUGUCUUGAUGGUCUUGAUCUAUGGAGUAGUGGUAGAAGAGCUAUUUGUAUGUAUGUUUGAAGAAUUAAUCCUUAAGUACAUGACUCAGGGAGCAAGCUGAGGACAUUUUAAACCAGGAAGCUUUCCUAGAUCUGCAGAACCCAAAGAAACUGAAAUGACUCCAGGUUUAGUUAAUGGGGCAGCACAAUGACUUUUAGAGGAAGGACACUGAAACAAAUCUAUAUAGUCUGUUGGCAUGAAAAAAAACCUUAAUGCUAGUUGCUUAUGUCUAAAUGAAGGGAAAUAUAUGACUACAUUGUAUUUUAGAAUUGAGAUGAGAGAGGAGCACAGUGUGUAGUGCUGAGAUGCCACAAAGGCUGUGGCUGAUGAAUGCUGACAGGCUGAAUGUGGGUGGAGGAGGUGUCUUGGCCAAGAUGGGUAGAUUUCAUGUCAGCAACAAAAUGUUCAUGGUAACUUCACCACUACCUUAAGAAAAUUCAAAUACUGGCUUUAAAAGAUAGAGGGAUCUGGGACAGAGUGUGUUUCCCCCAGACUGACUUCCUGGGAAAAAUAACCUCUAAAAAGAAAAGAUCUUAGCUGACAAGCAGAGUGAUGCUCAAAGAGAGAAGAGCUGUGUCAGUGGUGGAGGGUAUUUUCUGCUUUUUAACCUUGGCACAGUGUUAAUCAACCUUGGCAUGUUGGAGGCAGGAAAAGCAUUCUGACUUCUUUUAAAAUGAGCAAUCAUAUGUAUAAUCAACUUGGUUAAAACUUCCUUCCUGAUUUCUUCUGGCAUGGAGUUGGGGGAUCAUGAACAGCCCGUUGUUAUGAGAGACGAAAACAAACGAAGGAGAAGAAGAAUGAAACCUCAUUGUACACCAAGUAGUUUUUCAUCAAUGGAACUGAUAUCCAUUGAGUUCAUUUUACCUACAAGCAAUAAACAUACUAAAGCACCAGAAAUGAUGUUACUUGAAAUAGCUGGCAACUGUACGGUUGAGCAGAUGAAGGCACAGAUUUGGAUGCGUGCAAUAGAGACGAGUCAAGCCACAGACUUCUACCAUGCAUUCACCCCAGAUCAGUUUAUUCUGCAGUAUCAGAAGAAAGGACAAUGGUAUGAAAUUUAUGAUAAGCAUCAAGUGUUACAGACAUUGGACUGCAUACUGUACUGGAAGGUGUUACAGAAGAAGGUAGGCAAGAUCUAUGUUGUCCAGAAACAAAAACCAUCAGAAGAAGUUGAGGAGUUUCAGCGGCAACUUAAUGAUUUGAUUGGUUAUGAUGUCACUGAUGUAAGCAAUGUACACGAUGAUGAACUAGAAUUUACCCGGCGCAGAUUAGUCACUCCACGAAUGAUAGAGGUAGCCUGCAGAGAUCCUAAAUUAUAUGCAAUGCACCCAUGGACUACAUCUAAGCCACUCCCAGAAUAUUUAUUUAAAAAGAUCACUAAUAAUAACAUUUUCAUAAUCAUACAUAGAGGAACGACUAGUCAGAAAAUUAAAGUGUCAAUAGAUGACACUCCAGAUAUGAUUCUCCACAGCUUUUUCACAAAAAUGGCAAAGAAAAAAUCUUUGAUGGACAUUCCUGAAGAUCACAGCGAACUGGAUUUUGUUCUCAGGAUUUGUGGCAGAGAUGAGUACAUUACUGGGGAGACACCAAUCAAAGAUUUUCACUGGAUAAGACAGUGCCUCAAGAAUGGGGAAGAAAUCCACCUUGUCCUCGACAAUCCCCCGGACCCAAAUGAAGAUGAGGUUCAGAAGGAAGAAUGGCCUUUGGUGGAUGACUGUACAGGAGUUACAGGGUAUCAUGAACAAUUGACAAUAGAUGGAAAAGAUCAUGAGAGAGUCUUCACUAUCUCUUUGUGGGAUUGUAAUAGGAAAUUUAGAGUGAAAAUAAUUGGCAUUGAUAUCCCAGUUUUACCAAGAAAUACUGAUCUUACUGUGUUUGUAGAGGCUAACAUUCAACAUGGGCAGCAGCUCCUUUCACAGAGAAGAACUUCAUCAAAGCCUUUUACUGAGGAGGUUCUGUGGAAUAUUUGGUUGGAAUUUGAUAUCAAAAUCAAGGAUUUGCCUAAAGGAGCACUUCUGAAUCUUCAGAUAUACUGUGGCAAAGCACAGGGACCAUCUGCAAAGACAAACCUUCAGUCACAUGAAUCCUCCAACUCUGAUGCAAAAUGCAAAACCCAGCUUCUCUAUUAUGUAAAUCUUUUGUUGAUAGAUCACCGUUUCUUGCUGCGAAGUGGGGAGUAUGUACUCCAUAUGUGGAAAAUUCCAGGUAAGGGGGAAGAACAAGGAAGUAUAAAUGCAGACAAACUCACAUCAGCAACUAACCCAGAUAAAGAAAACUCAAUGGCUAUCUCUAUUGUGCUGGACAAGUACUGUCACCCAAUUGCCUUGCCCAAGCACAGGAUAUCAUCAGACCCCCAGGGGGACAGGACCCGAGCUGAAAUGCCCAACCAGCUUCGCAAGCAACUCGAAGAGAUCAUAGCAACUGACCCACUUAAUCCACUUUCUCCUGAGGACAAAGAACUGUUGUGGCACUUUAGAUAUGAGAGCAUAAAGCACCCCAAAGCAUAUCCUAAGCUGCUUAGCUCUGUGAAAUGGGGACAACAAGAAAUAGUGGCCAAAACAUACCAGUUGCUAGCUAAAAAAGAGGCUUGGGAUCAGAGCACUUUAGAUGUUGGACUCACAAUGCAACUUCUGGACUGUAACUUUUCAGACGAAAAUGUCCGAGCAAUGGCAGUUCAAAAACUGGAAAGUUUAGAAGAUGAUGAUGUUCUUCAUUAUCUUUUACAGCUUGUGCAGGCUGUGAAAUUUGAGCCAUAUCAUGACAGCGCAUUAGCCAGAUUUUUGCUGAAACGUGGUUUGAGAAACAAAAGAAUUGGUCACUUCUUGUUUUGGUUCUUAAGAAGUGAAAUUGCCCAGUCCAUGCACUACCAACAGAGGUUUGCAGUCAUCCUUGAAGCCUACCUUAGGGGCUGUGGAAAAGCAAUGCUGCAUGAUUUCAUGAAGCAGGUUCAAGUAAUUGAAUUGCUGCAUAAAGUCACAAUGGAGAUUAAAUCAGUUUCUGCAGAAAAGUAUGAUGUUACUUCUCAAGUUAUUGCACAGCUGAGACAAAAGCUUGAAAAAUUACAGGGCAGCAAACUUCCAGAAAGUUUUAGAGUUCCAUAUGAUCCUGGGCUAAGAGCAGGAGCACUGGUGAUAGAAAAAUGUAAAGUAAUGGCGUCCAAGAAGAAGCCCCUCUGGCUUGAAUUUAAAUGUGCAGAUCCAACAGCUCUGUCAAAUGAAACCAUAGGCAUCAUCUUCAAACAUGGAGAUGACCUCCGUCAGGACAUGCUAAUUUUACAGAUUCUUCGAAUUAUGGAAUCCAUUUGGGAAGCAGAAUCCUUGGACCUCUGUUUGUUGCCAUAUGGUUGCAUUUCUACAGGGAACAAAAUAGGAAUGAUUGAAAUUGUGAAAGAUGCUACAACAAUUGCCAAAAUUCAACAGAGUACAGUUGGGAACACUGGUGCAUUUAAGGAUGAAAUACUAAACCAGUGGCUCAAGGAAAGAUGCAUGAUUGAAGAGAAGUUUCAGGCAGCUGUGGAAAGAUUUGUUUACUCUUGUGCUGGAUACUGUGUGGCAACCUUUGUACUUGGAAUAGGAGACAGGCACAAUGACAACAUCAUGAUUACAGAAACAGGUAACCUUUUCCAUAUUGAUUUUGGCCAUAUUCUUGGGAAUUAUAAAAGCUUCCUUGGAAUUAAUAAGGAGAGAGUUCCUUUUGUGCUGACUCCAGAUUUUCUGUAUGUUAUGGGAACUUCCGGAAAGAAGACAAGUCUCCAUUUCCACAAAUUUCAGGAUGUAUGUGUGAAGGCUUAUUUAGCUCUCCGACACCACACAAACCUGCUGAUCAUCCUGUUCUCCAUGAUGCUGAUGACUGGAAUGCCUCAAUUAACCAGCAAAGAAGAUAUUGAAUAUAUCAGAGAUGCACUGACAGUCGGGAAAAGUGAAGAAGAUGCCAAAAAGCAUUUUCUUGAUCAGAUAGAGGUUUGCAGGGAUAAGGGCUGGACGGUGCAGUUUAACUGGUUUUUGCAUCUUGUGCUUGGAAUCAAACAAGGAGUAGAAAAGCAUUCUGCUUAAUAUUUUAUGUAAAUUAACUGUGGGUGUGAAUAGGAGGUUAGUGAACCUACAUGUUAUUUCUGAAUUAUGAAUAAAUGAGCAGUCAAAAUUGCCUUUACUCUUCUGGCAGCUUAAAUGGAUCUUGUAAAAAGGCAAGGACUUAUUUAUGCCCCUCCAGAAGAUCUUCCUGCAGAUAAGAUUUUUUUUUUCUGUUUCUAAUGACACUUCAAGUUGCUGGAUUCUUUUAGUUCCUUUGCUGUUUUGGCUUGGAUUUUUUUUUUUCUUUGUUUUGCAAUAAUUUCAGAUAAAUAUAAGGAGGAGGUUGAGUAAGAUAACCUACAAACCCCCAUGACCUUAAUUGUUUGUGAGGGUCAAGCUCUUCAAAACCAGAAGAAUUUAUAUAAAAUCUAUGGUUAUAGUGAAGUCUCUGUAGACAACCCAUAUGUGUCUCAGGAUGGUUUGGACAUGAGUGUUCUUCCUCUACAUCCUUCUCUUUUGUCCCUUCCUCAACAUUUUGUCUUUUCUGGAUUUUUAAUAUGUUGUCAGUAGAAAAGAGCUUUGGCUCUGCUAUUGGAGGAAUUGCCUUACUGUUACUGUCACCUCCUGACACAGACAACUAAUCCUGGCUGCCAGGAGAACUUUAUAGUUACUGGCAAGUUCCUCAGAUUUGAACAUGAAUUCUGAACAUUUAAUUCUGAAAGAUUUUUUACUGUACUUUUUAGUGGGUAACAUCCAUAUUAUAUUACAGAUUAUAUUCUUAGUGUAAAGUUAUUAAAAUUCCACCUGUAUAGGAAAAGCUUUGUAGAAAAAGCAAUGGUACUUCCUUAUCCCUCAGAGAAAACUCCUUAUCUAAGAGUAAUUGACAUUUUACCAAAUAUCUGAGAAACCCAAAGUUAUUUAUUCCUUGGUGAUAUAUUUUCAGGAUAUACCUAGAAGGAAUUAAAUGUAAUCUUUGAAGUUGUGUAUAUUUUGCUAUUUAUUUUUAAAUUUGUGAAGAAACAAUACUACUGAAAAGCUAUUUAUGAAAAAAAACAACAAAAAACCCUUGUCUUUAAUUUCAAUAUUUAAACUUAAAAGAGGAAAAAAUGGGCAGUGUUAAGUAGAAUUUUAACUCUCUACUGUAGAUUGCCUGCAAAUCAAGUCUGCCUAUGGUAGGAAAGGAAAAAUACAUGUAGCCUGAAUUAAUCUUUGACUUGAAUUAUUAUGGUGUAUUUCUUGCUAAUUGAUUUUUUACCAAAGAGAGAAGAUGGCUUAUAAUAUUGCUUUUUUGCACUUGUGCCCAUGUAAUUUCUUCCUUCAUUGUAGUGUUACAUGGGCUUUGCAUUACAUAUAAAUGAUUAACUGAAUUUUAAAAUUCUGAUAUCAUUUGCUUUGAUCAUUUCACAGAACUGUUAUGAUUUUAACUACUGUUACUACUGAGUGCAUUCUUGAAGGAUUUUUAAUAAAUGUACUGUAAUCGGUGUCUCAGUUAUGAGAUGUAGCCAAUCUAUUCUUGAAAUGUAGAUGUUUAAUUGUUUACUGUGCACAAGUAUUUUUGAUGUAAAUGGUAGACUCUAGUUAAGGAAAUCUCUAAGGUUAAAAUGUAGACUAUUUUGUUAUUCUGUUACAUUAUAAUUCUGUGCAAGAUAGGCUUUAGAUCAUACUAAAAUAUAAACUAAAUGGUGAAUAUUGUCUGUAAAAUGAUAUUUUUAGAUUUAUAUUUUAUAGAUCUGAAAUAAAUUGAUAUGUUCUAUUAA